AAAGCACUGCGCUUUAUCGUUCAUAAUAGUACCCUAUUUAUUAAAGGUUCAGCGUGGAAAAUGGUAGAGCCGUUGUCCAAAGCUUUUGACAACAAUGUUUGGUUCUGGAAAAUUUUCGCAGUGUGGAUACAGGAAGUCGGCAAUAAGUACUACAAAUGCUACGCUGUUAUCUUCCUAAUCUCACUUUAUUUCCUUUAUGACGGGCUUUUGGUUCUGAACUUGAUCUACACUCCGAGACAUAUCGAAAUUUUUAUACCGGAACUAAUAUUUUUCGUCACAGAAAUGGCAGUUUUAUUUAAAGUUCACAUGCUACUUUUCAAAAGUAAAAGUAUACAGAAAGCCUUUGAAAUGUUAGAUUGUGAAACUUUCAUUGGUGACACGGAGCACCAAAUUGAAACUAACAAAAGAUUUAAAUCACUGUACAAAAAAUACUUUUUAAUUUACUUUUGGGUGUGCCAAAUUUGUUAUGUGAGCAUUGUGCUCAUACCCCUCUUUAUUUACUUCAUAAAUGGGAAUGAGCUUCACUUGCCUAUUUGCAACUACUAUUUUCUGAGUGAAGAAAACCGAGAUAAUAAUAUUUUGAGCUGGUUCAGCUAUCAAGCUAUUGCCGAUUAUGUCCAUAUGACUUACAAUUAUACUGUUGAUACCUUUAUUUCUGGUUUGAUCAUGAUGGGCUUAGCGCAAUUCAAAGCUUUGAAUGUGAAAUUGGCAAUGAUAAAAUCUUCAAUGGAUAAAAACGAUUUGCCUGAAUCAAAGCUGGACGCAAAAAUGCAUCAGGAUUUGAUAAAAUGUAUAAAGCACUAUGCUUUACUAAGAGAGUACUGUCAGAUUAUUGAAAAUAUAUUUGGUACGUCGAUGUUUUUUCAAUUCGGUGUCGGGGUUUUAAGCAACUGCAUAACGCUUUAUGCAUUUUUACUGCCAUAUUUCGAGAGCCAGCUAAUUUUCCUGACGACGUAUGCUUCUGCCAUGACUAUGGAAAUAUUUUUACCGGGAUAUUUGGGAACUCUAUUAAACUACGAGAGCGCAGAGAUCGGCAGAGCAGUGUACCAGUGUGACUGGAUAGAGCGAUCUGACAGUUUCAAACGCAGUAUGAGGCUACUGGUUGAACGCUCUAAGACUCCUAUAGAACUUACAGCUUUGAAGAUAUUUCCACUCUCCGUUACCACAUUUAUUGCCAUAAUGAAAACUGCCUACUCCAGCUUCACACUACUACGCGUAGUUCAUAAUAGAGAGAGUAGUGACUACAAUUAGUACCUAUUUAGUAGGUAUUUCCUGUAGUGUACCGAUUAAAAUGUGUAAUAAUAAUUAAUUAGGUAUAUGAAUAAAUCUGAAUUCUUAAUAGAAAUUACUGCAAAAAUAAUAAACGCAUCAAUUUACCUAUAUUUUUGUUCAGUUUUAA